AUGCUUGGGAUUCUCUGUGGAAUAUUAAUACUCUUUUUGCAAUAUGACAAUGCUGUAACAACGAAUAGUUUCGAAUGGAUUUUAUACUCGCAUAAUGGAUAUGAUAAUUGUUUAUUGUAUGAUCAACGUCUAUUUUGUCGAGAUCAUGAUUUACUUUCGAAUAAUAUAUCAUCGUGCACGCAAGGAACCAUGUGGUAUUUCUCAACAUUAAAAGAUAGUAAUACUACUGCAGAUGAUUUGUUGAAAUGGCAAAUUCCAUUUGAAACUAUUGAGUGUUAUGCAGAUUAUUUAGAUAAUAACUCAGCUAACAGUUUUAUCUGUAACUGUACUCAUAAUCGGAUCGGUGCAACAUGUCAAUAUCUUCUUCCUGUUAAUCUGUCAACUAUUGCUGAGUUAUCGAAAGAACAGUUACGUGAUCCUGCGGCUCGUGAAACGGGAUUUUACACGUGCUUAGUUGAUAUGAUCACGUGUAACAUAGGUUUAUUGUGUUUGGAAUGGCGACAAGUUUGUGAUGGUAUAGUACAAUGUGAUAAUGGAGCUGAUGAAGUCGGAUGUCAUGAAUUUGAACUUCAAAAUUGUUCAUCGGAUGAAUUUCAAUGUCGUAAUUCAAUGUGUAUACCAAAUGAGUUUCUAUUUGAUGGUACGAUUGAUUGUAUGGAUUCAAGUGAUGAGCAAGAAGUAGAAACAAUACGAAGAAUUUUUGGAUCAUGUCCAACAACAACGAUUUGGGAAUGUGAUGAACGUUUAUGUCGAAAAGAUGAAUUUAGUUGUGGAGAUGGUCAAUGUAUUCAUUGGCCAAAUCUAAUUCAUCAUCAAAACAGUUGUAAGAAUGCUCGAGAUUUAGCUUAUCAAUGUGAAUUACAAGGAUCGCCAACAGUGGCCAAUGGCAUUUGUCGACAGAAAGGAAACGAUGGUCUACCUCCGUUGCAAAAUUCGACAUCAUGUUCAUUAGGUCUUCGUUACUUGUUGGUUGGAUCUCAACGCAAAGUAUCAUGGAACCAUAUUAUUAAUUACUGUCCUGAUUUUAUUCAGUAUCCUGAACAAUCUGUGUUAUCACCUGUUCUUAAAAUGUUUUACAAUAAAUCACGUAUUGUCUCAUUUUAUACUGGACAAAACUUUGGACUUGCAUUACCCAAACAAACUCCUGAUGUUGUCUGUCUUAAUGGAACAUUCAUAUGCAAUGGUACUCUGAUAACAUCAGCCAAUGGUACUUGUUGGAGUUUUGAAAGCUAUCUAUUAUUUGCGGAUCUGCCAUUUUUUCCAUUUUCAUAUUUAUUUUGUCAAAUGGUAAAAAAUCAACUACAGAAUAAUUUAUCACGAGAAUACUCUCAACCAUUAAUAAUAAAUUCACAAUCAUUUAUCUGUGAUGAAUUUGUUUAUCCAAUGGCUAUACGACGAAUCAAUGAUGGAUAUAUUGAUUGUUUAUUCGGUGAGGAUGAGCAAAAUGAUCAGUACAAUAUCACUCUUCCAUAUCGUUAUCGGUGCUCUGAUUUAUCCAUAACGCAAUAUAUUAGUUAUCAACAAUUGGGUAAUGGAGAAGAAGAAUGUGCAGAUGGAAGUGAUGAACUUUCUAAUGCAUUAAAUUGGUAUUAUUUUCGAUGCGAUUUUGGAGAAGAAUAUCCUUGUUGGGUAUUUCGUAGUGCAUAUAUUGAUAAAAUUGAUCGUGUUAAUAAUAUGCAACUACCAUUUCAUCGAUACUGUGAUUCAAUACGAGAUACAAGAGAUGGACAUGACGAAAAAAAUUGUUCUCAAUGGUUUUGUCCUCAAGACAUGUAUCAAUGUCGAACUACCGGACAAUGCAUUAAUAAAGAUGAUUUAUGUGAUGGAGAUUUUGAUUGUGACAAUGGUGAAGAUGAAUUAAAUUGUUCCAUAACAAAAUCUCGAUGGAUACUUGAAGCUCAAUGUAAUAAUACUAAAGAGCAUUUUUGUAUCACACAAAACUUUCUUAUCAAUCAAACAUUGCAUCGACCUUGCAUAGAUUAUUGGAAAGCAGGUGAUGAACAACUUGAUUGUAUUGGAGGACGAGAUGAACGAAAUGUUUUUGUUUGCCCUGAUCAUCAUAUAUUAGGUGAUCGGUUUCUAUGUGAUAAUUCAACACAGUGUUUAUCACAUACAGCUAUAUGCAAUGGUAUUAUUGAUUGCUAUGAUCAAACAGAUGAACUAAUCUGCUUUUGGGCCAGACAUCGAUGUUCCGAGAAGUACUUUGCUUGUUAUGAUAAUAAAACUUGCAUGCAUGAUCGUUGUUCUCCCAAAUAUAAUUGUCCUAACUAUGAAAAUUUAUUUUGGUGUCCAAAUCCAUACGAAAGUAAUUAUAGAAUAAGUAAAGUUCGACGCCUUUCAAGUUACCUGUUAUUCUGUGAUAACGUAGAAUUAUUUAACACAUCCACAGUACCAUUGCCAGGUAUUCAGACCAAAAGUAUUUCUAAUCCACAAUUACAUGGGUAUUGCAAUCGUGGUUUCUACUUAUUAAGUGGAAAUGGAAAAGAACCUGUAUGUUUCUGUCCACCUAGCUUUUACGGGCAUCGUUGUCAGUAUGAUCGUCUUCGUGUUACUGUACGUAUUCGUUUUGAUCGUAGACAUCGUUCGGAUUUACCACCAUUACUUCAUGUUUUGGUUUUAUUACUCUAUAACAAAACUUUCAUUGUUGAUCAUCAAAGAUUUGUUGAUAUUGAUCAAGAGUUUCCCCCAAAACAUAAAGCUUACUUAUUGUAUCCUCAUUCAAACUUUACUGGUAACUAUUCAGUUCAAUUUCAAAUAUAUGAUGGACUUGAACUCUUGUCUGUAUGGGAAUAUUCAAUUAAUACUAUUGGUAUUCUUCCUGUGUUUCAAUUAGCUAAAAUACUUCGAUUUCCUGAUCGUUCCUUACCAUGGCGAUGUCCUCACAAUCAUUGUCAAAAUAAUGGAUCAUGUUAUAUGAUCGUUAAUAAUGAUGAAAAUAAUUAUUUUUGUCUUUGUCAACGUGGUUGGAAAGGAAAUCUAUGUACAGAACCUCUCAAACAAAACAAGUGCUCAUUACAUGCUCUUGCUCUAGAAGAAGAUCUAUGUGUUUGUCCAUAUGGGUAUUUACCACCUCACUGUUUCGUUCGUAAUACUAUUUGUGAAAAACAAACUUCGAUUUUCUCGUCAAUAAACGGAAUCUGUUUACCUUUUUCUAUUUUACCUCCUCAUGAAUAUUGGUAUUUUCGUGAUAGCUCCAAAUCUGAUGGAUCAUCUAAACCUAUGCUAAUAUUAAACAGACGAAAGCCUAAUGAAGAGGCAUUUCUCUUACAGUUGUUGAAAAUAUCUCAAGACUAUCCGAAACUACGACAGCAAAUACUGAUACCAAAAUUAACAUCUUUUCCUAUUACCCUUAUCAUCAAUAGUAGAGAUUCAAUAUACAAAAUAACUGUACCUGAAAUUGGUCUUUUGUAUACCUAUGAACGCCAGCGUGAUUUUGUGACUGUCCAUUUGAGCAUGCUCUAUAUUAAUUGUAGUAAUAGCUUACGAAAUUUUACUAUUGAUCUUAAUUCUCAACCUUCGCAAUGUAAGUCAAUUUCUACUCGAUCACCUAUGACACUUCUUAACACUUUCUGUUGGCAAUCUGACGUUCAAUCAUGUUUCUAUUCACAGAAUUAUAUUUGUUAUUGUAAAAUGAACACAAAUCGUAGCGAAUGUUUAAGUUACGAACAACGAGAUGUACAGUGUGGGUAUUGUCUCAAUCAAGGUUAUUGUAUUCAAGGCAAUUUACAAAAUAGUAGUGAUUUUGCCU